AUGCGCUGAUGCUCCGCCACAUGCGCGCGUCACAGUCGGCAGCACGAGCCUCGGCAGCACCGCAUCGGCCCCGCACACUCAUCAGCCCCCCUCUGACCGGCACGAUGGAUGGACAACAUAAAGACCGCAGAAUGACUCACUUGUGGAUAUUGACGUUACUGAUACGCGCGUAACCCCGAGCACUUGGAUAACUCGCUCUUUCCCUCUGGAUACGGAUUCGUGGAGCUGGAUCUUGUUUUAUUGGACCAAGGAUUAUAUUUAUUCCGAUCACUUUUAUUUCACUCCCCCCUCUUGGAGUUGGAGCGUGUUGUGGCAGGACAGGCUGAUUUCUGCACGGAUACGCACAUAAAACUCUAAAGGAUGGCCGUUUGGUUCACCUCUGUCCUCGCAAUAGUUAUAACAUUAUUUACUCAGGUUCUGGGAUCAGGUGUAUUCGAGCUCGAUCUCCAUCACUUUCAGAAUUCUAAAGGUUUGCUGGCGAACGGACUCAGCUGCAGCAGCAUGGGAGGCUGCAGGACUUAUUUUAGGGUUUGUCUGAAGAACUUCCAAACGGAGGUGUCCCCCGGAAAGUGCAUAUUUGGCGAAGUCGCCACACCUGUUCUGGGCACCGACUCCUUCAGCAUCCAGCGGGACGCCAGGCUGCGUCUGCCGCUCAACUUCACCUGGCCGGGAGCUUUUUCAUUAGUUAUUGAAGCUUGGUAUUCUCCGGCAGCGGAGCAGCCUGGAGAUACCACCAACCCUGAUUUCUUGAUUAGUUCUUUUGCCAUCCGAAAACAGUUGGGCAUAGGGCCUGUGUGGUCCCCGGAUGUGCAGACGGGGACGCAGACGGAGCUAAGGUACUCAUACCGGUUCAUCUGCAAUGAAAAUUACUACGGGGACACUUGUUCCAAAAUAUGCGCUCCGAGAGACGACCAUUUUGGCCACUACACCUGCAAGCCUGACGGGCAAAUAGCCUGUCUACCGGGAUGGAAGGGAGAAUACUGCCAAGAACCGAUCUGUCUGGAAGGGUGUAAUGAAAGAAAUGGGAACUGCACUGUGCCUGGAGAAUGCAAAUGCAGAGAGGGCUGGCAGGGCCUCUUCUGUGACGUGUGUAAACUCCACCCGUCCUGUAAACAUGGUACCUGUGCAGAGCCGUGGCAGUGCACCUGCAAAGAAGGCUGGGGAGGGAUCUUCUGUGACCAAGAUCUGAACUACUGCACGCACCACAGACCCUGUGCCAACGGGGCCACGUGCAUGAACACGGGCCAGGGCAGCUACACCUGCACCUGCCUGCCGGGCUUCACCGGGGUCAACUGCGACUCCGAGGUCAGGGAGUGUGACAGCCGGCCCUGCCACAACGGAGGCCGCUGCGUGGACUCUGAGAGCGGCUAUAGGUGUGUGUGCCCGCCGGGGUUUGAAGGACCGCACUGCAAACACAAGAUGUUGACGUGUGCCGACACGCCGUGCUUCCAAGGCGGCAAGUGCAGGGAGACGGACGACGGGCAGAGCUACGUCUGCGAGUGUCCGGCUGGCUACACCGGACUCAACUGUGAGAAGAAAGUGGACAAAUGUACCUCGCUGCAGUGCACCAACGGAGGACACUGCGUGGUGCAAAACGGCCUCCACGUCUGCAGCUGCCGCUCGGGCUUCGCCGGGCUGCGCUGCGAGGUCAACGUCAACGAGUGCGCCAGGAACCCGUGCGCCAACGGCUCCACCUGCAUCGACCGCAUGAACGACUACAGCUGCGCCUGCGCCCCGGGCUUCACCGGGCGCCACUGCGACCGGCCCGUCGACGGCUGCCGCUCCCGGCCCUGCCUCAACGGCGGCAGCUGCGCCGUCGGGGCCGGAGGCCGGGCCGUGUGCCUCUGCCCCGCCCCCUACAGCGGGCCGCGGUGCCAGUCCGGCGAGGAGGCCCGGGCCAACACGCCCAGCCCCAACGUCGGCUGGGAGUCCGGCGACAGGCUGAACUUUGCGGCCGUGGGCCUGGGCGUGGGCCUGGCGGCCGGUCUGGUGCUGCUCUGCGCGGCGGCGGCGGUGGCGUGUCACGUCAGGAAGCAGCGGGCCGAGCGGCGGGACGCCGAAGCCAUGAACAACCUCUCCAAGGCCGACUUCCAGAAAGAGAACCUCAUCUCCACCCUGGAGCUCAAGAACACGAACAAGAAGGCGGAUCUGGAGGUGGAGUGUCCCGCGGAGAAGUCCAAUCACAAAUACAUCAACCACUACCACCUGGACUAUAAAUCCUCCCCGGGGUACAAGGACGAGCUGUCCCGUCUGGACAAAGACGAAAACUGUGAAAAGACGAUAGAAGACAAGAUGCAUUUGAGUCGAAUGUACAGUGAACGGCCAGAGUGUAGAAUAUCAACAAUAUGCUCCUCCAGAGACUCAAUAUACCAGUCUGUCUUCGUAAUAGCAGAGGAGAAAAAUGAAUGCAUCAUCGCCACUGAGGUCUGAUGAAUGGACGAUAAUAUUUGUUGGACUUCUCGUGGACUGUUUACACGUUUGGAGAGACUGGGAUUUAUUUAAAUGCAAGUUGCUGCUCUUGAAAACUUGAUAACUGGACGGAGCCGGAGCGCUCCUCGAAUGCAAUAGAACUGAAGCUACUAAUCUAUGUGAGAAUGUAAAGGACUACGAAAGGACACGGCGGAGAACAAUGAGCAAAGGGGUUUUUUUUUUUUUUGGUUUUUGUUUCGAACCCUCGUCGAUCCGGGCCGGGAUGAAAACAGAGAGGACUUUCUCCACGCGUUCCUCCCCACGUCAUCGCAGUAAUCAGCAAUCAUGCAAAUCAUCUUACUGCCAGUGAGACUGUGGACGGAGCCUGCAGCCUCUUCUGCUCCUCGUGGCCUGCAAAACGCGCUAUGCAAGCAAAAAAAAAAAAAAAAAAGAAACGUUUUAAAAUCAGCAUUGUGCUCAAUCAUAGACGGACUCACAAACUACUGAAAAGCGGUUCAUUUUCGUUGUGUAAAUUAAACCCGUUUUUUUUUUUUUUUUUUUUAAAAAAGAAUGUAUGCAGCCUAGAUCACAAAGCCUUAUAUUUAAGAGAGAGAGAAGAACCUGGUGCCCUGCCUUAUCUCGGUUCCUCUGCACAGCACCGUGAACGUGACAAUUAAAGAUCAAAAGAUGCAAUACGCAAGGGAAACUCAUGAUAAGGCCUUGAUUUACUUUAUGCAAGACCAUUAAAAAAAAAAAAGGAAAAAAAAAAGACAAAGAAAUACAAGAAGUGACUAUCGUACCAAGGACGCCUUCAACGGAAA